AUGGCGCAGCCAUUCCCGCUAAUGUCCCUCCCUGAGGAGAUUGUCCAGCUCGUCUGUCGGCAGCUCAUGAAGUACGGGUAUCUCGACUCUCAAGCAUUGUCUUUUGUCUGCCGAGCAUCGAAAGCUCUGAAUCGCAUUGCGACGCCUGUUCUAUACUCCUACUUUAAUUCGCGAGAAAAGAUGGAGAAGAUGGCCAGCUUUCUGAGGUCUAUUAGUCUGCGGCCUGAGCUUGGUGGAUAUGUGCAGGAAAUCGUAUUCAACCGAUUCUACUGGUUUGAGCUUACAGAAGACCAUCUCAGCAUCUUUGCUGAUUUGGCGACUAGACUGGGCAUAGACCUUGGGGGUUGGCUGGAAGAAUACCCAUACGAGGCCAUGACGCAGCUCAUCAUCGCACAGAUACCCAAUGUGAAGAUCAUGGAUGUUUCUACGCAUGAGGUCUGUGCCGACGAGGGUAUCGGGGCCUUCACACUACUAGAGCAAUUGGCCGCUCAAGUUCCAAAAAGGGUGUCUUUAAGCCAGCUACAACAGCUCGCAAUAGGCCAUAGUGAUAUCAGGAGAAUAUCUGUUGGAUACUUUGGCGGAAUUAUUGAGCUUGCGCCUCACAUACGAGAACUCACUAUAAGCCCAUGCUACGGCCUAUAUUGCGACGAGGAGCCUAAAAAUACUCGAGUCUCUCUCAGCAAUGUGACAAAGCUAACGAUUGAUGGCGGUCACAUAUCCAAGCCUCAGUUGGAGUCGAUAGUGAGUCUUUGUGGACGGCUAGAAAGUUUCGAGUUCAAACACCACACUAUAUACGCUGGCCUUGAGGAGAUUAGUGUCACGCCAAGAGAGUUGAUUGAGAUCCUGGCGCGGCACAGACAUUCUCUUCUCUCUAUCUCAGUUGACCUUGGUCAACGAGAAAGGCACAAGACAGACAGUUUCUGUUUCUCCGGCGUUUGUGAAGAUGGUGAUCAGAUUCUAUCUCUCAGAGAAUUUUCACGACUUGAAACAUUUAAAAUUGACGGAACGCUAAUCUUAUUUCCGGAAAUUACAAAACCGGACUACCACACAAACAUUCUCGUUAAUCUAUUGCCCAGAUCCAUACGUCAUUUUCAGCUCAUAGACGCGCAAUACGAGUCUGUUGCGAAUAUGAUCCGCCUAAUGGACUCGAUCGCUGACUUUCCCUUUCUAAAAGAAGUGACCCUAACGGGAAAUACCGCGGAUGGGCGCUUGGGUGAGGACAAGGUGGACUUUGAUAAGCAUGAGCUUGAUACCCUAUACGCAAUGAUGGAGAGGAAUGAGAUAAUGCUUGGAAAUGAUAGAUAUCAGGCAGAGUUGAACGCUUACUAA